AUGAUAUAGAAGUGUCACCUUCCAACUUGGGUGGUGCUCCGCGAGCAUGAUCGCCUCGUUGAUCCGAUCUCGUCGUCGAUCCAGAAGAUGUGUGGUAUAUUCAGUGUUUCUUUUCGGUUUCCUGGCACUUUGGGGCUCUUUUGCAUUAGCGUUGGUGUUUUUGAGUGAUAUGUAUAUUGGAGAAGAUCAAAUUUCAACGCAAAAAGCAAUCAAGCCAAUAGCAAGAUCUAACUAUCAUGUAGUGGUCGGGCACUAUAACGGGAAUUUGCCAGAAGACAAAAAGCGAAAUCUAACAUCCGAAGAACUGAAUGCUAACCUCUAUGCACCACAUGAUGAUUGGGGUGAAGGAGGUGCAGGAGUAUCCCAUCUAACUCCUGAACAACAAAAACUCGCUGAUUCAACAUUUGCCGUUAAUCAAUUCAACCUACUUGUCAGUGAUGGAAUCUCUGUGAGAAGAUCCUUGCCAGAGAUUCGAAAGCCAUCGUGUAGGAAUAUGACAUAUCCAGACAAUCUACCAACAACAUCUGUAAUAAUCGUCUAUCACAAUGAAGCCUACUCGACCCUUCUACGAACUGUCUGGAGUGUAAUUGACAGAUCACCAAAGGAAUUAUUAAAGGAGAUCAUUCUUGUGGACGAUUUUUCUGACAGAGAAUUUCUUCGUUAUCCCACUUUGGACACAACCCUGAAACCUCUACCAACUGAUAUAAAAAUAAUUCGAUCCAAAGAAAGAGUUGGAUUGAUAAGAGCUCGAAUGAUGGGAGCACAGGAAGCUCAAGGAGAUGUUUUAACAUUUCUUGAUUCUCAUUGUGAAUGUACAAAAGGAUGGUUGGAACCUCUUUUAACACGAAUCAAACUCAAUCGGAAAGCAGUUCCAUGUCCAGUCAUUGAUAUUAUCAAUGAUAACACAUUUCAAUAUCAGAAAGGAAUCGAAAUGUUUCGAGGUGGAUUCAAUUGGAAUUUGCAAUUUAGAUGGUAUGGCAUGCCAACUGCAAUGGCAAAACAACACUUGUUGGAUCCUACAGGACCGAUUGAGAGCCCAACUAUGGCUGGCGGUCUUUUCUCGAUAAAUCGGAACUAUUUCGAGGAGCUCGGAGAAUAUGACCCUGGAAUGGAUAUCUGGGGUGGAGAGAAUCUUGAAAUGAGCUUCAGGAUCUGGCAGUGCGGAGGUCGAGUCGAAAUUCUCCCGUGCUCUCAUGUUGGCCACGUUUUCCGAAAAUCUUCUCCACACGAUUUCCCAGGAAAAUCCAGUGGAAAAGUGCUAAAUACAAACCUUUUGAGGGUUGCCGAAGUUUGGAUGGACGACUGGAAACACUAUUUCUACAAAAUCGCUCCUCAAGCUCAUCGAAUGCGCUCAUCGAUUGACGUAUCGGAACGAGUGGAGCUCCGAAAAAAGUUGAAUUGCAAAAGUUUCAAGUGGUAUCUACAAAAUGUGUUUCAAGAUCACUUUCUGCCAACUCCAUUGGAUAGAUUCGGAAGGAUGACGUCAUCAUCAAAUUCAAGUGUUUGUCUGGCAUGGACUCUCCGCUCGUCAGGAAUCAAAACUGCUUCAACUGCGGAUUGCCUCAAAAUCUUCCAUAAAACUCAGCUGUGGCUCUACACUGGCGACCGUCGAAUACGUACAGAUGAGCAUCUAUGCUUAUCAGUUGUUCAACUUCUUCACACAACUUCCGAUUGGAAAAUUCAAUUGAAAGAGUGUGCAGGUUUUGAUACAGAAUACUGGGAUUUUAAGCCAAAGAUCGGGCGAUUCCAAAACCGAAAGACAGGAUUGUGUCUGGCUUCACCGGACAUUUUCGAUCCGACGAAAGACGAGUUCAAUCCACCAAUUGUACAGAAAUGUAGAAGCUCCAACGAUAGACAGAAUUGGACAAUAACCGAAAUGUCAUGGCUCCCGGAGCAUCCGUAAACCAAAGCCAACAAUUUAAUCAUCACACAUAUCUCUAAUCAAUUUCAAUAUUUAUUCGCAUUUUCUUUAAAUUUCCAUUUAAAAUCAAAAGCAUUAAUUACGCGAUUGCCAUUAAAAUUACCCGUUUAAGACGACUUUAAGCCUUUUGCCAAAAAGCCAUGAUUCCAAACUUUUCCCUAUUUCCCCUAUUCCACCCCUCCUCUUUUUCCAGUGUCUGUGCCUUUAAAGAACCCAUCUGGAUCAUCUUGGGGAAUCGACUCUCCAAUAUUUGACCCAUUUGAGCUCUUUUUGUCACCUUAAGCCAUAACAUGUUUCCCCCAUUCCCCUCCAAAUUCCAAAUGUUGACCAAAUUUUUGUGAUGAUGUCAGCUCUGAAUCUGAUUUCUUUUUUCUCAAAGAUUCUGCAGCUGACAUCAUACAGAUCUGCUUUAUUUUCAGACGGCAACAUUUCAGAUUUCAUUUUAUUCAAAUCUUUUAUUUCUUGAGAUAAAAUAUAUUCAACUGAACAAAGAAACCCGAG